AUGGCUCGCAGUUACAACACCCAGGGCAAGGCUAUCAGUAUUCGGGUCAACCAAUUCAAAAUCCUCGAUGCUCCGAGAACAGAUAUCUACCAGUACGAUGUAUUGAUCGGUAAGGGUGAUGCGAAGCCGGGACUAGUCAAGAAAGUCUGGCAAUCUGCAGCUGUUCAGAAAGAAUUGGCAAAGCAUGGCGAGAUGUGGCUCUGGGAUGGUAACAAGAUUGCUUGGUGCUCGAGACCAUUGGCUCGUGGUGAAGUUCGCAUUGCUAUUGAUCUCGAUAUCGAGAAUGGUAAACCAGGUGGUGACCCUGACAGAAUGAUUUACUGCCAUAUCAAGCAGACAACCAUCAUUAGAAUGGCUUCUUUGCGCGCCUAUCUCAAUAAGCAAUGUGAUUUCGAUAACACCGUUCUAUGCGCUAUCAACUUCCUUGACCACAUGAUUCGUCAAUGGCCCAGUGAGAGAUACACAGUUCAAAAGCGCAGCUUCUUUGCUCGCGGACAAAAUCGUUCCCCUUUGGAUAUCACUAUUGAAGCCAUGAAGGGCGUUUACCAAUCAAUCCGCCUUUGCAACCAUGUCACUGAGGGUAGUGCUAUUCGUGGUCUUGCAGUCAAUGUUGAUGUUGCAAAUGGCACAUUCUGGACUUCACAAGAUGUGAUGCAGGCUGCUCGUAACUUGUGCAGUGCUAAAAAUAGAGCUCUGAACUAUGACGUCUUUCGCAAGGACCUCAUGCCACGUCAGUCCAACAGAGAGGGUGGUAGACUUGAGAAGUCUGCAGAAUUCUUGACUCUCGAAAAGAUGAAGAAAUUGAAGUUUCAUCUCAAACAUCAUGGCAAGGAACAAGAUACAAAGGUUUAUACCAUCAAGAAGUUUACUUUUUCUCACGACCCCAAGUAUGCCAACACGGGUGUCAACGCAAAAAAUUACUUUUUUGCCCAAAAGGACACAGGCAAGCAGAUGUCUGUGUAUGACUACUUUAAGACCAAGUACAACAUCCUUCUGAAGUUUUGGUGGGCCCCCUUGAUCGAAACAGAAAGAGCCGGCUUCUUCCCGAUGGAGGUUUGUACAUUAAUACCAAAUCAAAAGUACCAGUACAAGCUUGACCCGAGCCAAACUGCAUCAAUGAUCAAGUUUGCCGUUACCAGGCCCAAGGUCCGAAUACAGUCUAUUGGGCACGGCCUAGGUAUGUUGAAAUGGCAAGAAGACCCGUAUCUCGCCCAUUUUGGUUGCAAAAUCGAUCAAAAUAUGACCAUGUGCGCGCCUGAAGUAGAUAAAGUUGCUGUGGGCGUUCAAGAUGCUCGCAAGGCUGCUGGUCAACAAAGCAAGCAAACACCCCAAAUCCUUUUCUUCAUUAUGCCAGAUCGAAAUUCGUUCCUGUACGAACGUUUGAAGAAGAAUAACGAAUGUCGUUUCGGUAUGAUGUCGCAAAUGAUGAAUAUUGCCCAUGUUCUCAAAGCGCAACCUCAGUACUGCUCAAACGUUUGCAUGAAAGUCAAUGCCAAGUUGGGCGGAACAACUUGCAAAGUUGCUGAUGUGAAGCCACUAAAGCCAUUUUUUCCGCGACCAACCAUGGUCAUUGGUGCAGAUGUCUCCCACGCCUCACCAGGCUCACCACAAUCAUCUAUGGCUUGCUUGACAAUGUCAAUGGACUCAACUGCUUGUAGAUAUGCUGCUGCAGUUCAGACAAAUGGCAACCGUGUCGAAAUGAUUUCGAAGGACAACAUCAACUCCAUGUUCAUUCCUUUGUUCAAACAAUGGAUGGCGAAGGUUGGCAAGGGAUCGGGACCUCAACACAUUUAUUACUUUAGAGACGGUGUUUCUGAAGGUCAAUUUGAACAUGUGAUCAACCAAGAGAUCAAAGACAUGAAGGCUGCUCUGGAGAACGCAUUUGGCCAGCUUGCUACAACUAUUCGUUGGACAGUUACUGUGUGCACUAAGCGUCACCAUCUAAGAUUCUUUCCAAAAGAUAAUGAUAUGGCAUCUAGUGAUAAGAAUGGGAACGCACUUCCGGGAACUUUAGUGGAGCGUGAUAUUACUCAUCCAUUUGAGUAUGACUUUUACUUGUGCUCACACUCUGCCAUUCAGGGUACUGCUCGUCCUGUUCACUACCAAGUCAUUAUGGAUGAAGCCCAGGUCCCAGUCAAUGAUUUCCAAAGAAUGGUAUACCAACAUUGUUACCAGUACAUGCGCUCUACCACCCCAGUCUCCCUAUAUCCUGCCGUUUACUAUGCACACUUGGCUUCUAACCGUGCUCGUGCACAUGAGGCUCAAGGUUAUAGUUCAGGACCUCGUGGUGGGGAAAAAUUCCUGGAGAAACAAGCCGCUGCAGCAGCUGACAGAAUCGCUGGCCGCGCACCCCCAGAAUCCAGUCAAACGGGUUCAAGCAACUUAGUUGAGAACGUGCCACUGCUUCCUUUAGGAACUUUAAAUGAUCAAGACAAGGUUUACGGCAACGACCUCGCGAAGAUUCGCACCGGUAUGUGGUACAUUUAA